GGGUCAAGAUAACGGAUUUGGUGGUCACCACCAAUCGCGAAUACGCCUCCUUGGCCUUCAGCACGGAGGUUCGCAUUGCUAAGAACCUCCGCAGCGCACUCUCUCUUUAUUGACCACUAUGGCGUCUUUAACCUCUGGCGCUUUAUCGCAAGCCGCCUGUUUGAUCCGAUGGAUAAUUCUCAGAAUGUGCCGCAAUUGUGUUCGUCAGCACGCAGCUUUAAUCGCGUGUCGGUUCCGCUCGGGGGUUUGUGCCACUCGUUCACUCGGCUCAAGAGGUUGCCAGGCUAAGGCUUCCGAAAGUCUGCAAAACCAGUUGCGUUGUGUCUGCCCAGCAUCGAGCAAAAUUUCGAUGAGCAAUGUGGAACCGAUUCCAGUCCUUUCGCGAACAGAGGUGGUGGAGAGGCUUUCUGGCCACACGCAUCCUAAUCAGCAGAGCUAUCGAGCGUUCUACUCGAGUGUGAUUGGUGGGAUCACGAAGGAUCCAGCGGCCAUGGUCAUCCCAAUCGACGAUCACAUGGCGCACAGAGGCCAUGCUGUUUUCGACACCGCCAUUAUUUUCUCGGGGUCCUUAUAUGAACUCGACGAGCAUAUUGACCGUUUCUUAAAAUCAGCUCACAUGGCUAAAAAUCGAAUCCCCUUUUCCCGGGAAGAGCUUAAAGCCAUUGUCAUCCGGACUGUCGCUGUCAGCGGAGUGAGGGACGGCAGUACUAGAUACUGGCUCUCAGUUGGACCUGGCGGUUUUACGUUAUCCACUAAAGAGUGUCCAAGAAGUUCCUUUUACGUCAUGGUCGUUGCGGAUGAUAAGUUCACAAAGUUGGAUGCUCCUGCUGGUGGGGUUACAGUGGCCACGUCAACUGUUCCCAUGAAACCUCCACCCUUUUCAACGAUCAAGAAUGUAAACUACAUGCCAAAUGCUCUGGUGAAGAAGGAGGCUGAAGAGAGGGGCGUGUUUGAAGGCAUUUGGAUUGAUGAAAAUGGCAACAUUGGAGAAGGUCCCAGCAUGAAUGUUGCUUUCGUGAACAACAAGAACGAGCUCCUUGUUCCUGACUUCAGCCAGGUAUUGGCAGGGUGUACGAUGAAGCGGGUUUUGGCACUUUCGGAAAAGCUGUUGAGUGAAGAUUCAGAUCUGAGAUUGAGCAGGAUAUGCCACCGACCAGUUUCAGAGGGCUGAAGCACGGCAGUGCAAAGAAAUGAUGCUCGUUGGCAGUGGAGUGUUGGUGACUCCUGUGAUUCGAUGGGAUGACCAAGUCAUUGACAGCGGUUCUCCAGGCCCGAUUACCAUGGCCUUGCGUAAGCUGCUCAUAGAGGACCUGAAGGGAGGACACUCGCAUCUUCCGGUGCAGUACGUGUGAUGUGUAACAGUGCGAUCGGAUAACAGAAGGAUUCGAUUUGAGUUCAAGUUGGUGCACCUGCAAGUGGACGGAUGAUUUGAAGACCUAAGCGAUUCCAGGAACAUUUUGGUGUUAUGGCUUGAAGCGUUUUCUUCCCGAGUGGUGGUCACACUAUGUGACAACUGUCAUCAUGUUUUUCCCCACUAUGGUUGUACGUCAACUUUCAGUUUCUACCUUGGUUGCAGAUCAACCUUCUGUCAGCAGUGGCAAGAGAUGGAAGCAUAUGAUGUGUACAAGCAACACAGCUUUCCUCAA